AUGCCUUGCCUUAUCUACGUUCGUAUCUAUCUGCUUAUCUACGUUCGUAUCUAUCUGCUUAUCUACGUUCGUAUCUAUCUGCUUAUCUACGUUCGUAUCUAUCUGCUUAUCUACGUUCGUAUCUAUCUGCUUAUCUACGUUCGUAUCUAUCUGCUUAUCUACGUUCGUAUCUAUCUGCUUAUCUACGUUCGUAUCUGCCUGCUUAUCUACGUUCGUAUCUGCCUGCUUAUCUACGUUCGUAUCUGCCUGCUUAUCUACGUUCGUAUCUGCCUGCUUAUCUACGUUCGUAUCUGCCUGCUUAUCUACGUUCGUAUCUGCCUGCUUAUCUACGUUCGUAUCUGCCUGCUUAUCUACGUUCGUAUCUGCCUGCUUAUCUACGUUCGUAUCUGCCUGCUUAUCUACGUUCGUAUCUGCCUGCUUAUCUACGUUCGUAUCUGCCUGCUUAUCUACGUUCGUAUCUGCCUGCUUAUCUACGUUCGUAUCUGCCUGCUUAUCUACGUUCGUAUCUGCCUGCUUAUCUACGUUCGUAUCUGCCUGCUUAUCUACGUUCGUAUCUACCUGCUUAUCUACGUUCGUAUCUACCUGCUUAUCUACGUUCGUAUCUACCUGCUUAUCUACGUUCGUAUCUACCUGCUUAUCUACGUUCAUUCCAUCGCUUUCGGGUCGUCUUAA